AAUGCUUUGGGUUGAAAGGGACCUUAAAGAUUAUCUCCUUCCAAACCCCCUGCCACCCUGGGCAAGGGAUGUCACUCACAUCCGCACCUCGAACCCUGACUGGUAACAGCUUGGUGUUUAAAGAUUGAAAUCCUGCAUGAUGCAGAAAUGUUAUUUCCUAAUAUCCAGCCUUCAGCUUGUUAUAGAUAAAUAGCCAAAUUAUGCCAAAUCAAAUAAUUUGCGGGAGCCAAAUUACGGGGCAGCAAAAAUAUCAUUUAUUUUGCCAAUCGGAUCAUUAAAUUUGUCAGCCAAAAAUCAAAGGAACAGGGUCGAGCCCGGGUCUCGACUCUGGGUGAACGCAGCUCUGACCCACUGGUGCGUCAGAACUGGUGAGUUCACAAAGUCUGUCCAAGUCAGUCCAGGUUUUAUACCCCUUUUCUUGCCUGAAGCUACUUUUCCUUUGUCCUUUUCUUUGUUGACGAGUAUUCCGAUGGUCCUUCGUUGUUUGGAGAAUCCUUUCAGAUGGGUAAACAGCGCCGAAUCCGGAGUCUCUGGAAUAUUCAUGUGUUCCCUUGUUCUCGGUCCGGUGUUUAUAGACUUCUGUCUCUGGCUUAGACAAUAGCUGCCUCGGGAUACACAUUCCGUGUCCGGGAACAAACACAUGUGUAAUGGCGGUUACGGGAAUCCCCUUUUUACAUGUUAGGUUUAUUACGGGAAUUCUCUUUCACAUGUUAGUUAGGCUCAAGGGAACUCGGUAGUCACACAAGACAGUUUACUGGAACCACACCGUCUCCGGUUUAUCUGGGAUCACUACGGGCCGGUGAUGGCUCGGAUGUCCUGAGAUCCGUUAAGAAUUUCUAGGGAAGAAGUCCCCCUUUACUUGCAAAUUAAAGUUUCUAUUCAGAGGACACCUGUGGAAGUUGCAAUGUGAUGAAGAAACCGAUGUCCCAAUUCCUGAGUAGGAUUUUUAGGAUUCCAGGUACCCUUCUGUGUUAUACCCCGAAGCAUGAUUUUAACGUAUCUAUAUAUAUAUGUGCUUUAUAUCUAUUUCUCAAGUGUUAUAAUUUCUUUGAGCACGAAUUUUAUUCUAUCUAUAACAAGAUCAUAUCACAUCCUGCCAAACCUAAAGCCUUACCAGACUUAAUCAGGACAAUUGAAGUGACAUGUAGCUUUUAUGCAAAUGACAGUCUCCUUUGCUGAACUGAAGGACUUUGCUCUCCUCCUCUCCCAGCUGUCUCGUGCACCGUCCAUUUAUCCCCUCUCCUUUCAUCCACAGGGAAAGUUAUAGGACUGAGGAGUUUGCCUAUUUUCUACCACAGCCAUCCACUAGAUUGAUUCCUUUCCAUCUGCCUUUAUUGUCAAGGUGUCAAAAUCUAAGCCCCAAAAGAAAUCCUCCUCCAGUUCCAUCCUCCCCUUCUCUUCUAGAUUAUGGAAUUAGGUUGAAAGCUGUCCUGGGUGUGGAUAUCUCCCGUAAAUUCCCAUUUGGGCUUUUGUGUUCCAACCUUCCCGUGUUCAUUUGGCAGCCUUGUCUGAGGUUAUGGCCUGUCUUCUGUGCAUCUCCAUCCUCUGAGCUGUUUGAGAAUUCCCAUUAAGUCAAUCCAUGCUGUAAACUACCAAGAUGGGAUCAGCGUGAGGGAUGGAGCUGCUGCUGCUCCUUUUGGAGGGCAGGUACUCAGCAAAGUCCAAGAUUUCCCACCAGGCUUGGGAAGGAACCUGCAGAAACUGAAUGGGGGAAAAAAAUCCAACAUGAUUUUAAUGCCCAGAGUGCCCCGGAGAAGGAAAUUGUUUCCCGUAUUCACCUGCUUAUAGGCUUUAACGAGAGGUUAUCGCCAACAUUAAACCCCAGCACUUUAUAACCAAGAAGGACCUGGACACAGGCUUGAGGUCCUGAACGACCCAACACUGGUCCUGAACUGACCCCACACUGCCCGUGAACGAUUCAUGACUUUGUGCACUAGAGAGGUGUUGUUGGUCUUUGUUAUCUGGGGUACAAGGCUGAAAUGCUCUUUUGCAACUUCUUUUAUACCUGAUAGGAUAAGGGGUUAGCUGAAAUUUCCAUGCAGAGAUGAGGAAAGAUUUUCUGCUGGCUGGUUCUCUUCCAAAAAAAUGCAAGUUUGCAUUAAGGAAAAUCAUUUUUUCUCACGGGUGCCCGCGGGUUUUGGCUAUUGAGAAAAAAUCAAACCCAAACCCCAGGUACUGUUACACUGAUUUCUCAUAUCAAUCCUUACUGGAAGUUAUGUUUCACUGUACUACUUGCGUCAGCUUCUUCAGGGAAGAAAGUGCUUUUAAAAAUGCCAAAUUGCCUCAGCCUGUGACAACUCCGUCAGCCUUCAGUGGCAGCGAUGGAAAAGAGUCCUUUCCGUGCUCUCUUGGUAGGCACAGUCUUCCCAUGUGGGCUCAGCAGUGUUUCUGCCCACAAACUCUGUGGGUGCAUUUUUUCAUGGAUUUUCCCUGCAUUUUGCCAUCAGACCUUGGGCGUGCUGGGCUGGUGGCAAGAAGUGCCACACAGCCGGGGUCCUGCGGAGGGAAGAAGGAGGCAUUGAGCCAAGAACCUCAGCUUGGCAUGUGUGAAGGUGACACACCUUUCUUGACUCACGCAAAGCCACCUUUGAAAUCCAAACCUGCCCUGAAUCCUUCCUAAUCUUUUAUUGAUUUCUGUGACAUUGGCGCAAAGUUCUGAUGACCCGAAAUGGGAGGAGACUCAAAAGGGCAGAGGUGGAGCGCAGCUACAAAAGCUGGCAGAGCUCUCCUGGCCUCUCUGGUGCCAGGCUUCCACUCUGCACGGCCCACACCAUGCUGGUGGCACUGCUUCUGCCCUUCCUGUGCCUCCUGAGCCCGGCUGCCACUGGGAGGCUCCUGGUGAUCCCCAUGGAGGGCAGCCACUGGCUCAGCAUGAAAAAAGUGCUGACUGAGCUGAGCAAGAGAGGGCACGAAAUCGUGGUCAUCGCACCGGACAACAAAAUCCUGAUCGAUUCCUCGGAUGUCUACGAACUGAAAACUUACCCUGUGCCAUUGAAGAAGGAGGACGUGGAAGAACAUGUACGCUCCCUCAGUGCAAAAUCCUUCAGCCAAGAUCCUUUCCUGGUGAGAUUCUGGAAGCUUUUGCUGGAGUACCGGCAGAGCGGGACCAUCUUCCAUGCUUCCUGCAAGUCCUUGCUGUACAACCAAGAGCUGCUGAAGUACCUUGGAGACAGUCACUUUGAUGCCCUACUCACGGAUCCGGUGUCGCCUUGUGGGCAGAUCCUUGCCCUGCACUUCUCCAUCCCCAGUGUUUUCUUCCUGCGGGUGGUUCCGUGCGCCUUGGAGGUCCGCGCGGCUCAGGGCCCGGACCCGCCGUCCUACGUCCCACGCAUGUUCUCGGAAAACACCGACCACAUGACCUUCUCCGAGAGGGUCAAGAACUUCCUGAUUGCCCUCUCCGAGUCCUUCAUCUGCAAUAUUGCCUAUUCUCAAUUUGAGGAGUUGGCCUCAGAGUUCCUCCAAAAACCGAUGACAAUGACGGAGAUUUUAAGUCACGGAUCCAUCUGGCUGAGGAGAAUCGACUUUGUCUUUGAGUAUCCCAUGCCCAUCAUGCCCAACAUGGUUUUCAUUGGAGGCAUCCACUGUGGAGAGAAGAAGAAGCCGUUAGCUCAGGAAUUUGAAGCCAUGGUGAACGCCUCUGGAGAACACGGCAUCGUUGUCUUCUCGCUGGGCUCCAUGGUGUCUGAGAUUCCCAUGAAGAAAGCCAUGGAAAUCGCGGAGGGCUUGGGAACAGUCCCUCAGACGGUCUUCUGGCGCUACACCGGCAAGGCACCCCCCAACCUGCCCAAGAACGUGAAGCUCGUCAAGUGGCUGCCUCAGAACGACCUCCUGGCCCACCCCAAGACUCGUGCCUUCAUCACCCACGGAGGCUCCCACGGUGUUUAUGAGGGAAUCUGCAAUGCAGUGCCCAUGGUGCUGAUGCCUCUGUUUGGGGACCAGAUGGACAACGCCAAGCGAGUGGAGUCCCGGGGAGCAGGGCUGACCCUGAACAUCCUGGAGAUGACUUCCAACGACAUCUCCAAUGCCCUGAAAGCAGUGAUCAACGACAAAAAGUACAAGGAGAACAUCCAGCGCCUCUCCGACCUGCACCUGGACAGACCCAUCCACCCUCUGGACCUGGCUGUGCACUGGGUGGAGUUUGUGAUGAGGCACAAGGGGGCCCCUCACCUGCGCCCCGCCGCCCACGACCUCAACUGGGUGCAGUACCACUCGCUGGACGUCAUCGCCUUCCUGGCAGCCGUCACCUUCCUCUCCCUCUUCAUCUCCUUCAAGUGCUGCCUCUGCUGCUGCCGAAGGUGCUUCUGCAAGAAGGGCAGGACGGGGAAGGCCACCAAAGCCAAGUCCCACUAGCACCUGGGAAUGGUGGUAGGUGACCAAACUCCUGCUCCAGACCCAGCAGCGGGGUCAGGGAACAGCUCGAAUUUCACUGCAAUGAAUAAAACACUGUGAUUUUCAGCCAAGGAAUGAUAGGGAUCCUUUAAAAUAGCAGCACCAAAAGGGCUGUUCCACUGAUCUAAUUUUGGCCUUUUAAUUAAGAAUGGGUUGUUAAAAAUACCUUGUGUAGGAGUGCUGCAGUCACUUGGGAAGGUCUGAGUGUGAAAUCCUCAGCCCCUGGCUUCCACCUGUUAGUGUGCAGAGGACUCGGUGACUUUUUCUUUUAACCUCCACCUGCAGCAGAGAUUGGUAGGGAUUUUGGAGGACUUCAGGAGAACCAUCUUGUCAGAUUUCUGUUUGAAAUCUCUGUGUGGCUGCUGUUGAAGGAGAGGCAAAUGUUGUACACUCACAGUUCCUGUCGUGCAAACCAAGCUCGAUGCACAUCUUCAUGGGUUUACAAGACCCUGAACAAAAUCAAGCUGCUGGAAAACCACUGGUGUUUCCCCCAAAUUGCCCAUCAGGCAGAUGUGCUGUAGCUGGAGCUCACCUGCUGGGGAGGAGAUCUUUGUAAGCAUUGCUUAUAAACCCCCACAACUCAUUUGCUCUCUGUAAGUGAUGCUCAGGGAAAAACCCCAAACCCCAGCCCUAUAAAUAAACCCCAAAUACUAAAAAUAAAGGCUGCUGUGUUUUCUGUC